ACAAAUGCCUCAUCAACAAAAUUUUCAUUCGUUUUUCAUGACGCGUGUCAUGUGAAAAAUUGCUUUAAAAUUAUAGUUGAUUUAUAAUUUUGAGUUUAAUAAUCCCAAAAUUUAAGUUUCCAAAUUAUGAGGGAGUGCAUUUCUGUCCACAUCGGACAAGCAGGAGUUCAAAUCGGAAAUUCAAUGUGGGAAUUGUAUUGCCUUGAACAUGGCAUUCAGCCGGAUGGAACUAUAUUGCCCCAAAAAGAAGUAAGAUCAGAUAAUUGCUAUGGAACGUUUUUUUCUGAAGUGGAAAAUGGAAAAAUGGUACCCAGAGCUAUUAUGGUUGAUCUCGAACCCACUGUUGUAGACGAAGUAAGGACUGGGUAUUACAAGAAACUUUACCAUCCUGAGCAAAUGAUAACUGGAAAAGAGGAUGCCGCAAAUAAUUAUGCUCGAGGACACUACAGUAUUGGUAAAGAAAUGCUAGGCAUUGUUACUGAGCGGCUUUAUAAACUAGCCGAAAACUGUUCGGGAUUACAAGGCUUUUUCGUCUUUCAUUCUUUUGGAGGAGGCACUGGGUCCGGAUUUACGUCUUUGUUAAUGGAGAAACUCAGCCAAGACUUUGGAAAAAAAAGUAAACUGGAAUUUGUUGUUUACCCCGCGCCUCAAGUUUGCACGGCAGUUGUAGAACCGUAUAAUUCAAUUUUGACUACACACACUACUUUGAGCCAUUCUGAUUGUGCUUUUAUGGUGGACAAUGAGGCGAUUUACGACAUUUGCCGCACAAAAUUGGGAAUUGAACGACCCCAUUAUCUUAAUUUAAAUCGGCUAAUAAGUCAAGUUCUUUCAUCUAUUACAGCAUCUUUGAGAUUUGAUGGCGCUCUGAAUGUUGAUCUGACGGAAUUUCAGACUAACUUGGUACCUUAUCCCAGAAUUCACUUCCCACUUGCUUCCUAUGCUCCAGUGGUAUCAUCGGAAAAAGCUUAUCAUGAAGGCAUGUCGGUAGCGGAAAUAACCGCUGAAUUGUUUGAACCAACCAACCAGAUGGUCAAAUGCGAUCCGCGCGAAGGAAAAUACAUGGCAUGUUGCCUUCUGUAUAGAGGCGAUGUGGUACCAAAAGAUGUAAACGCAUCAAUAGCCUUAAUGAAAGCUAAAAGUAAUGUGAGAUUCGUCGAUUGGUGUCCUACAGGAUUCAAAGUUGGUAUCAAUUAUCAGCCUCCCACAGUCGUAAAAGGAGGUGAUCUAGCUACAGUACAACGAGCAGUUUGCAUGCUAUCCAAUACAACCGCCAUUGAAUCCGCGUGGAAAAAGUUGAAUAAAAAGUUCGAUCUGAUGUUUGCGAAGCGGGCAUUCGUACACUGGUACGUAGGGGAAGGUAUGGAAGAAGGAGAAUUUUCCGAAGCACGUGAAAACCUUGCCGCGUUGGAACGAGACUAUGAAGAAGUGGCAUCUGAUACAACUGAGCUCAUUUCUGAAGAACUAGCUUAAGUAAAUCUGAUAGACGUAAAUUAUCAGUCACAUAAUGUAAAAAGCUAAGCUUUGCGCACUCACUUUUCGCCUCCAUCCACUUUAAAUCAUAUCCUAGAUCUCUCCAAUUUUUACAUCUUGUCAUACUCAAAUACAUCCAUAAAAACAA